CUGCAGACUCCUGGUACUCAAGUCCUGGACUGCUUUGGAGAACCUGAUCCUGAGACCUCAGCACGAUGUCUUACCAACAACAACAGUGCAAGCAGCCCUGCCAGCCUCCUCCUGUGUGCCCACCCCCUAAGUGCCCAGAGCCUUGCCCACCCCCUAAGUGCCCAGAGCCUUGUCCUUCCCCAAAGUGCCCAGAACCCUGCCCCCCUCAGCCAUGCCAGCAGAAAUGUCCUCCUGUGCAACCUCCUCCAGCCUGCCAGCAAAAGUGCCCACCCAAGAGCAAGUGACUGCUUCCACUGUCACCAGGAUCAAGAGAGAAGAAGAAAAUCUGUCUCUGAGGCUUCUGUAGAAACACUACCAUCUUUUUUUUCAGUCUCUCAAGAACGCAGAAAAAUCUUCUCCACUAUUCACCCUCCAUGUGUCUGUGUUGAUCCCUGAUAGGGAAGGUGUUCUUCUGAGGUUGUUCUGCUUCUGCAGUCAAGGGGCUGCUGAGAAUGAUCUCCACACUGGUUCUGUGCCCCUGUUACUAAGAGUGAA